AGGAAAGAGUGGGAGAGAGUGUGUGUAAGAGAGAGAGAGAGAGAGAGAGAGAAGGUUGAUUAGAUUGGAGAGAGCCAAGGAGGUACGGCUGUACUAUUGAGCAGAGGGAGUGCGUGACUGACUGAACGCCGAAUCACAGCGAAGUCCACAGCCAGGCGGACGAACUGGACCUAAAUCAACAAAUGGAGACUGAAAAACUGGAUGGAUACUGCGUAUAAAGGAGGAAGUGUUUGCCUUAAUGUGUGUGUAUCUCUGCAUCAGAGCUGCGAGGAACCCACGGGGAGGCGAGGGAAAAUAGCGGACAACUCAUUCGUCUCCCUUGGAAGCAGAGCUGUGAGCCAGAACAGAGUCAACCGGGGGACUCGCUGGGAUUUUGAAUAUAAUCUCACGCCGGUGUGUGUGUGUGAGUCAGUGUGUGUAAGCUGAUAAUAGCAGCUCCAUUGGUAUUCAGCGGAGGGAGCUCCAGGAUCUCGCUGCGCCUUUUCCCCGGGAUGGGAUCACAGAGCAGGGAUUGUGCUUGCCUGAGGAGAGCCCGCUGAAAUGGGCCCCAAACCUGGGAGCGGUGGUCGCCGAAUGGGCAGCGUGGACACCAACAUGUUCCCUUCAGCAGCUAGCUUUCCACACCUGACCAUCUCCAGCAUCUCCAGCAUCUCCAGCCGUCCGCUGCAGCCGGCGCUGAGCCUGCAGAGUUGAGGUUGGGGUUGCCUGGAGCCGUCUGCAGGAAGCAGAGAGAAACAGGCCUCGGAGGAGUCGACGUGCCACCAGCCAGUCAGUGCAUCAAGCAAUUAAGCUGCUUGAACUUCGUCUGAAAUGAAAUAUGAUGCGGUGAUGCUUGAGCAGCGGUACGGAGCUUUUGGACGUGUACGGAUUUAUUGGCUGGAUAUUUCGUUGAGAUUACGACACUUUUGGGGCGCAACUCAGUGCCGGGUCACUUUCUCCACAUAAGUUUGUGGGCAAAGGCGAGUAAUUGAAAAUCACCCCCCCCUGGGAGGCUAGUUUUUAUUUUGACUUUUUUUUUUUUUCUUUUUCCAAAGGAGCAACUUCUGUACCUGAAAUUUCCUGUCCCUUCUCUCACAUUGCAGAGAAAUACAUUAUGAAGCAGCACCAUUCUUCUUCAUCCUCCCUCAGUGACGGAGAGAGAAGAGGGACAGACUGUCCAGAAUAGAUAACGAAUAAGGAGACAGCCACUGAGCAAGGGAGGAGGAGGGGGGGAAGCAGAAAACAGAAGGACAGGUGGAGAAAAUAACACGAAAGGAGACAGACAGAAGAGAGAGAGCGAGAGAAAAAAACAGAAUUAACUAGGAUUGUCCAGAGUCCUUUUUUAGACCUCCUGUAAUUCGUCUGGGGUGUGUUGGAGGGUAGUUAACGCCAUGGGCAGGGGAGGGGUCAGGAUUUCAGCCAGAGGGGGGGCUUGAGUUCACUGUCUGGUCUGAAGCUGCUGUCUCUGUGUGUUGGUGUUUGAACUAAACCAUGGCCCGGUAAACAGACACCUGUACGGACUGACAGAGAAGCUCUGAGACAGAGAGGAAGACAGCUACACAGCCGAAGUGUCAGGCAAAAAAAAAAAAAAGGCAGCAGACAUCCAGAGCUGGCAGAGCCGACGUUCUGCAUUUCAUUGUUAUUCCACUCAGUGUUUUCAGAGGAGGUAAGAAAAAGCAAAGAGGAGCAUCCUCGUGUUUGUGGCUCCUUUAGGAUCCAUCUAAGUCAGUACUGUUGCACUGAAAAAAGCCCAAUAUACAGCAAAGGGAGGGUUGUUACUAAAAAGGAAAUCCAGGUUGGAAAGAGAGAGAGGGUGGAAGGCAGACAGAAGCGGAGCGAGGGAGCAGGUGUCAGAAAUCCUCCCCUUCAUCUGCUUGUCAUUUACUCCUUUAUGCUCGCUCGUCGUUUGGCACAGGGAUUGAUUUUCUGACGCCGCCGUUACUCCUCCUAUAAGCCCUCUGCGGUCCCUGGGUGCAAGCAAGACAGAGGAGAGCAGAAAAAGACCACAACAACAACAAAAAAGGGAAAGGAUGGAGCCUUUCUCAUUGACUGAUUUUUCACUCCCUGCUUUUCCAGUUUGUCGAGGUGGCCUCUUGUUAUUUCUUCUCUAAGUAAAGCGAAAGAAGAAAAACACCCACCAAAUCAAUCCCUCAUUCUGUUUGUACUCAAGAACUGAAUCUCCCCUCUCAUCGACUGUUCCUCUACAUGGAUUACCUUUUCCUCUGAGUUUUAAGCACUGGCUUGCUCCAGAUUUCCUCCACUCCUCCCCUCCAGUGACAAACUCCUCUAACUCCCCCCGCCAGCAUCCGUGUCCCCUCACCCGCCGGCUGAGGUGCAGGAACUCUGUGCUCUCGAAUCCUAGCGCCCUCGUUGAAUCACCACUACAGCUAUAGUAUGGCACGGCCCCUCUGAAACUGUCUGAAUCAUUCUGUGUUGGUACAGGCAGCCAGCAGACCGUUCUCCAUGAGGAGCAGUAGAAGAUGCCGGCUCUGCCAGCACUGCUGCUGUCAAUACGCUUCCUCUCCUUCCUGCUAGCCACGAUGCCACCACUCUCCCUCAGUCAGGCCCCUCUGCUCUCCUCUGUCCGCAUAGCUGCCAUUCUGGAUGACCAGUCUGUGUGUGGGCGCGGGGAGCGGCUGGCGCUGGCCCUGGCCAGGGAGAACAUCAACAGCGUGAUAGAGGGUUCAGUGCAAGCCCGAGUGGAGGUGGACAUAUACGAGCUGCAAAGAGACUCCCAGUAUGACACCACUGACACCAUGUGCCAGAUUCUACCCAAAGGCGUCGUCUCUGUGAUCGGUCCAGCCUCCAGCCCCGCCUCCGGCUCUACUGUCAGUCACAUAUGUGGGGAGAAAGAGAUCCCUCAUGUAAAAAUUGGUCCAGAGGAAACGCCCCGCCUGCCUUACCUGCGCUUUGCCUCAGUUACUCUGUACCCCAGCAACGAGGAUCUGAGCCUGGCCAUAGGCUCCAUCUUACGCUCGUUCAGCUACCCGUCUGCCAGCUUGGUCUGUGCCAAGGCUGAAUGCCUGCUGAGGUUGGAGGAACUCGUUCGUCGCUUUCUCAUCUCGCGGGAGACGCUGUCCGUCAGGAUGCUGGACGACAACCUGGACCCCACGCCCCUCCUAAAGGAGAUCCGUGACGACAAAGUAGCCACCAUCAUCAUUGACGCCAAUGCUUCUGUCUCUUAUCUCAUCCUCAAGAAGGCGUCAGAGCUGGGAAUGACAUCAGCAUUUUAUAAGUACAUCCUCACCACCAUGGACUUUCCCCUCCUGAGACUGGAUGACAUUGUGGAUGAGCAGUCCAACAUCGUGGGUUUCUCCAUGUUCAACACCACACAUCCGUUCUAUUUGGAGUUCAUCAGGAGCCUGAACCUUUCAUGGAGGGAGGGCUGCGAUUUGACGUAUCCCGGCCCUGCGCUCUCUUCAGCGCUGAUGUUUGAUGCCGUUCAUGUGGUUGUGGGGGCGGUCAGGGAAUUGAACCGCAGUCAGGAAAUUGGAGUAAAGCCCCUGAGCUGCACCUCGCCUCAGAUCUGGCAACACGGGACCAGCCUCAUGAAUUAUCUUCGCAUGGUGGAGUACGAUGGCCUGACGGGGCGAGUGGAGUUCAACAGCAAAGGUCAGAGGACCAACUACACCCUGCGGAUCCUGGAGAAACACAGAGGAGGCCACAAAGAGAUUGGGAUUUGGUACUCCAACAACACUUUGGCAAUGAACUCCACCAGUUUGGAUAUUAAUGUUUCAGAGACGCUGGCGAACAAGACCCUGAUUGUCACCACCAUCUUGGAGAACCCAUAUGUGAUGCGCAAGGACAAUUACCAGGAUUUCGAGGGAAACGAGCAGUAUGAGGGUUUCUGUGUUGACAUGCUGAGGGAGCUGGCAGGCAUCUUAAAAUUCUCCUUCAAGAUCAAGCUGGUGGAUGACGGGCUGUAUGGGGCCCCGGAGCCCAACGGCUCUUGGACCGGCAUGGUAGGAGAGCUGAUCAACAGGAAAGCGGACCUGGCCGUGGCAGGCUUCACCAUCACAUCAGAGAGAGAGAAAGUUAUCGACUUCUCUAAGCCUUUCAUGACCCUGGGGAUCAGCAUCUUGUACCGAGUUCAAUUGGGUCGGAAGCCAGGCUACUUCUCCUUCCUGGAUCCUUUCUCUCCAGCUGUCUGGCUCUUCAUGUUACUCGCCUACCUGGCUGUCAGCUGUGUGCUCUUCCUGGCAGCAAGGUUGAGCCCAUACGAGUGGUACAACCCUCACCCGUGUCUGCGGGAGCGCAGGGACAUGCUGGAGAACCAGUACACACUGGGAAACAGCCUGUGGUUCCCCAUCGGCGGCUUCAUGCAGCAGGGAUCAGAGAUAAUGCCCAGAGCCUUGUCCACCAGAUGUGUCAGCGGUGUGUGGUGGGCGUUCACGCUGAUCAUCAUCUCCUCUUACACGGCCAACUUGGCAGCCUUCCUGACCGUUCAGAGGAUGGAGGUUCCCAUCGAGUCUCCAGAUGAUUUGGCUGACCAGACCAACAUUGAGUACGGCACCAUUCAUGGAGGAAGCACCAUGACUUUCUUCAUGAACUCGCGGUACCAGACGUACCAGCGGAUGUGGAACUACAUGAACUCCAAACUGCCCAGCGUUUUUGUGAAAAGCACAGAGGAGGGAAUCGCCCGUGUUCUCAACUCCAAGUAUGCCUUCCUGAUGGAGAGCACCAUGAACGAGUAUCACCGCGGCCUCAACUGUAACCUCACACAGAUAGGAGGACUGCUGGACACCAAGGGCUACGGCAUCGGCAUGCCGCUAGGAUCUCCAUUCAGAGAAGAGAUCACACAGGCCAUCCUCCAGCUGCAUGAGAAUAAUAGGCUGGAGAUCCUGAAGAGGGGGUGGUGGGACGGAGGCCAGUGUCCCAAAGAGGAGGACCACCGUGCCAAGGGUCUGGGCAUGGAAAACAUUGGGGGCAUCUUCGUGGUGCUGAUCUGCGGCCUCAUCAUCGCCGUGUUUGUGGCUAUUAUGGAGUUUGUGUGGUCGACGCGCCGCUCGGCAGAGACUGAUGAGGUAUGCCCCCAUACCUGCCCUCGCCGGCCCCACAGACACACCCCAGUGUCUGUUUGUCAAGAGAUGAUCACCGAGUUCAGAAACGCCGUCUCUUGUAAGAAGAGCUCCCGCAUGCGCCGCAGACGACCCCUGGGCAGCUCGGCGGCCCUGCGUCACCCGACCCGCAUCGCGCUCGGAGCCCCCCGGCCGCUGCGCCUGGUCCGGGAGAUGCGGCUCAGCAACGGGAAGCUGUACAGCGGCGCCGGCCCCCUGACCGGUGGGGCGGGAGGGACAGGACUGCCCGAUCUGGGCCCCGGGCCCCAAAGGAUCCUAGAUGAUCCUCUCGGAGCAAACACCACCCCGCCUCCGCCGGCUCCCACGCCUGUGAUGCUGCCCGCCCGCAGCUGCAGCCACGUGAGGAUCUGCCAGGAGUGCAGAAGGAUCCAGAGCCUGAGGUCCGGUAGCUGUUUGGGGUCAGCGUCCACAAGAAUACCGCCCUCCUCUGCCCCGCUGCCGAGGCUACCUCCACCCCCACCUCCGUCCUCAUCCAACACAGACAGUGAGGGUGGAGGCGGGACCAGUCCGAGGCGGCAGCAGCGCCACAGCCCUCCGCCUCCGUCACCUCGCCGCAUCCCCGCUCCCCCACAGAGCAGCAACAACACGGACCUGCUGGGAGACCAAGAGGGAGUGUAGGAGCGCUGGGUGGGUGAGAGACUCAGAGGAACGGGUGAGGAGGUGGAGGAACACAAACUGUAAGUUUCUCCAGUUCACCCUGAGGCGGACAGAUACAGAACCGACUGUGAUGGUCAAAUAUUAGGCUGCUGUUUUUGGCUCUGAAGGAAAAUUUUGGACAAAUCUGAGAGGAGCUGCAUUUUCCUGAAGGAUGAUUUUCUCUCCUCUCGAUUCUCCUUCAGACUACGAAGUUCUGGGUUUCUUUUCCAGAGACUCUGCCGGAGGCUAACUCGCCCUUUUGGUAAAACUGAAGCCAAACUGGAGGCUUAAAAACGGCAACAAAAAAAGACUUCCAGAGAAUUAUUUACUGUUUUUUUCUUUUGUUGUCUUUGUUUUGUUACCAUUGUUCUAAGUGGGAAUAAAUACAGACUAUGUGUAACAUUUUGGUGGACUGUAACCUUCUAAGUGAAUUGACAACGGCUAAUUUUUCUAACAUUUUUGUGUCCCUCCCUCAGCUCUGAAGCUGCUCUUUGGAUGAUGCUGUGAAAGUCUGAUGAAACCAUUUAAGGCGACACGCAGUGGCUAAAAGCUACAUAGUUUACACACUCCUGUUAAAACUCUCGGUUUUUCAGAAUAUUACAAUUUAAACCACGAUGAGUCGUUUCCAAACUUUCUCCAUCCAUAAUGUGACAUUUAUCCCAUGAAGUUUUACUGAAAUGUAAACAAAUCUCUUACAGAGAAAGUUGUAAAAGAUUAAAUAGGUGACACUAACCUGGCCGCAUCAACUGCACACUUAUAAUCUAAUACUAAUAUUUAAGAUGAGAACUCAAGCAAACUUUUUGCUCCCCCAUCUGUCUUCUGUGACUAAAUUUCCUCAAAUGGAGCUCAGGUUUUUGUCCACGUCAAUUAAAUUAUAGACAAUUUCAAAUAUUGGUAUGCCCUGACUCAAAACCUAUAAGCUAAAGAUGAUGUGCAAAGUUCUGUGUUGGCCAGAUGAGAAUACAAACUAAAUCUGAGUCGUUUUGUAAGGUUACUGCAGAGGGCAGAUUUGGAGAAUCUUUCAGCAUCUUUAGGUAAAGAUGUGAGAUGCUAAUAGAUUCCCACCAAAGAAAACUGGGUGCUGAUGUUCAGUCCAAAAGUUUCUCAAAACAUUAGAUUACCUUAGUGCAAACACUAAUGCAACAUGAUUAUUGCACCUUUUUUUCCCCCAACCUAGCAGUUCUGUUUGGUUUUCAGUUAAUUUGAACAGGAUGUAUUGUAUGUCACAUUAAAGUUGGGGGGAGGAUAUUUGGAAGUUAUUCAUCAUUAUCUAAAUUUUUAAAAUCUUAGAAUUUAACUAGGAGUGUGCACACUUUUUUUUAAAACCACUGUGCUGCAAACACUGGCACAGAAAAGUGUGUGUCUCCCUUUCUUUGCGGUGUGUGUGUAAUUCGUGUGCGUCUUGUAAGUCUGUCCCUAACUGCUCUAAAUGAACCAUGUGUUCAACAUCAAAACCCUUCUACAGAUGUUAGAUAAUCAGACGGCUCCAAAAAGUGAAGAGAGACCUUUGAAGUGUGAAAUUAAUCUCCCUCGUUAUCCUGAGUAACAUUCGCCAAACCUUUACUUUUUCUUGCCUUUGUUUUAACAGCGUAGACGAGACGGACGAGGCGACGCAGGGAAACGGCGCAGAGAAAUAAAAAGAUGGAAAGAGCCGUGGAGUAAAACUGACACUCUUAAAUUAAAAUGAGAAAUGUGUCCUUCAACUUCUUCCAUCAUGACGACUGUCCUGAUCUAUUAAUUCUGGGCAUCUUUUAAGGGCCUUGUUAACGUGCCAGCAGGCUGCAGCACUGCUUACUGUUCAACACACUAACUUGGCCGUCCACAGUAGUAACUCCUGCCAGAGGGAUGGGCUCAACUCAGGCGCGUCAAUAGUGUUUCAAGCUUUUGAUCGCCUAAUUAGUCCCCUCUGUGGCGAAGGGACUCAUUCAGGAAACUUGCUAAUGAUUUUGAACAUAUCUCUAAAUAUUAAUUUGUGUUAGCGGCCUCAGACGUCAAUAAAAGCAGUUUAAAAUCUCUGCUAAAUUUAAUCGUAACCCUGGUAAAGAUGAGUCAAAAGCAAUCAAAUGAAAUUAACAUUUUAUUGCAAUGGGAAAUCCCACUGAUUUAAAGAAAAAAAAAAAUCCAACCUUUAAUUUGAGUUCUGAGUUAGGGGGAAAACAUCUGGGCUAAGGAAGAAAUGUUUUAAUGGCAUACAAUAUGAUGGACCGGUUCUCGUUGGGAUUAGGGGCCGCUACCGGGCUGAAAUCUGCAAAUACCUUUGACCCAAGUCCAAAAUCCUUGAAACUGCCUAUUUUAAUAGUUCAAACACCAAAUAAACCCUAAUUAUUAUACAGUGGAAAUCCUCUUAACCCUACCAGAGAAGCUAACAUCCAGAGUCUUCCUCAUCUCCGCUCUUGAAGGCGCCAACGAAAAUAAACGGCAUUCCUGGAUUGGCUAAUUAGCUAAUAGCAUGUCAUGUAGCAUUACACAAAUAUAUCCCCAAUCUGUAUCUCUUUCAAAUAUUUUUAAUAUAUGCUCUACAAAAAUGUAUGAAGAGGUAAAUUUUUCCACAAAUAAUUUGGAUUCAGAUUCCAUAGAAAAAAAUCACAAACAGGUGAAUAGUGAACCACAGAUAGGUGGUUAAAAGUAACUCGAGCCUUUCUUAUAAUAAUAAUAAAUUAAUACCCUUUUUUUAGCUGCCUCUAGUCUGUAUGAUGGUGCUAAGAUUGAUGUAUUAGCCAAUCAACUCUCCCAGGUGUUUUUAAAAUUUUAAAGGUUGGAUUUUUUUUAAUUUGUCAGUGUGCGAUUAUGACUAAGUUAAAAUGAGUAAAAACAUCAUGAUAAUCUUUCUCUUGUUGUCUCCAGAUGCCAGAACAUUCCUGAUCCAGCUGACUGUCCACAGGACCCAGCUGGCUGCAGGUGUUUUGGGUUUUCUGUGUUAAAAUCGAGCUUUUCAUGAAUCUGUCUUUUUCAUCCUGAAAGUCUGCAGCCUGCUGUGGAAACGCUUUCUUCGUCUCUUUGAGCUAUCGGAGUGUGUUAGAGGGGCGACAUCCAGCAGGGACAGUGCUUUGUCUGCAGGAGUGUUUGUGUCAAUGUCCCAUCUCCAUGAACACUGCAGGGACGAAACAUUUCCCAGCAGAACCUUGCACUAUAAUGAGGUGAUCAAUGUUAUUUACUUUAUCCAUUUGACUUUAAUGUUGUGGUUGAUCUAUAUAUAGGCAGGGUCCUUAAAGGGAAUGCACUGGUGGGUUUUUAUCUUAUUCUCCUUUCACUUAAAUCACUACACAUUGAAGGUCACUGCUAAUGAGUUGUCAAGAACUUAUUUCAACCUUAUUUACACCAGAUAUCUGUAAAACUAUAUAUAUUUAAAGAGAUAUCAGUUUGUGUUUGUUUCUGCUUAAGAAACACUCAUACUAGAGUGAUUUUGUUUUAAACUUAACUCAAAAGGAUCUAUUUUUAAUACAUGACUGUAUUCAGAGUCACUUAAAUGCUUUUUCUUUUCCAGUGGAUUUGUUCUGCUCCUGAAAGUUGUUCUUAUUAAUAUGUCAUUACCUUCACUUUAGUAACAUCUGCUAAAAGCUGCAGCUCACAGCUGUUUUAGGUUCCUCUUGUAGUUUUUUGUGUGAAACAUGAAGAAAAGUUUGAGCUGCUUACUCAUCUAAACUUUUUUGCAUUAAAAUUGCAAAUGGCUAAGAUCAGUUUUAGGUCAAAUCUGUAUGCGCCAUAAACAUUAACAUAGAUUUACAUCGAUUGUCGCCAAAUGAUGGAGGAUCUGAUGGAAAUUAAUGUCUGGAUGAUUAAAAGACCAAAUUUUGCGCCUGUUAACCUUAAAAAUGGCAAUUUCAGCAUUUUUCUUUUUUCUUUCAGGUUCUCCAGAUUUUAUUUGCAUUUAAUUGCAUUAAUUCAAAAUUUAACAGACGUUUGUCAAAAACUUCACCAGAAAACCAGACAUAAAACAGGUAAAAAAAUCCUUCUUACUAUAUUUUCUAGAAUACUGAUGCUACAGAUACACAUACAAACAUUAUACUUACCAAUAAAGUAAUUUCUAAUAAAAGAAGUCUAAUUUCUUUGAGCAUGGGUUAUAAUACACAAUUCUUCAUAAUUUCUUGAGUUAAUUUUGCUACAUUUAUGAGUUAUGAGGCUGCAAGACAAAGAUACAAGCAGAGACUUUCUAAAGAAGCAGGUGGUCAAAGUUUAAAUGACACUAAGUAAAACAACAAUACACAAAUGUAAGUUUCAUGAUGGACUUACAUAAAUCAUAAUGUAAAUAUAUGAUUAUGACAUCUUCAGUCUUGUUCCUGUAGCAAAGAUAUACAUUUUUCAGCCAACAGUCAAUUUUUAUCAAAAGAAAAUAUUGAAAGAUUAGUUUUUUCCUGCUAUUAAACUUUACAUGUGGUGACAUGGACUCCUGCGUUGUGGUGCGCUUAGAGGUGAAGCAGCAUACUUCAUUGUAGGUGCAAAAAGGAUCGUGUCCUGGAAAAUGUUUGCAAAUUACUGCUGGCUUUUGAAAGGACGACCUCAAGUCUGUAGGAGACGGUUUCUUUCUUGUUGUUGAUUCAUCCACUGACCUAAGGCAAGUGAGGUCUGCAGAGUGUUUGAUGUUAUUCUGGAUCGUUUCUGAUGUCUCAUUGAUGUGUUCUUGGAGUAAUCUUGGUUGACCUAUCACUCUUAGAAAGGUUAACCGCUGUUCAAUGUUUUCUCCAUUUUAAAAAGAGGCUCUCAACUUUAGUUCGCAGGAGUCUCAAAUUCUUAGAAACAGUUUUUUGACCAGACUGAUGUCGGUGACUUUGUUUUCGUUUCUUUAAACCGAGGCAUAAAGUCUUGCUUUUUAAAAACUUUUAGCCUGCUUCAUUUUUGACAGGUUCUAUUUAAAACCUAGGUGUGCCUUAUGACGCAGUACUCAGCUGUCCAAAAAUGUGGAUAACUCAUGAUUUAACAAGGUGGGCAAUUAUUUUUUCACACAAGGCCGGCUUGGUUGGAAUAGACUUUUUUCUCUUCAUAAAUUAAAUCAUUACUUGACAACUGAUGGGGUCUUUUUAAAUUUCUGAUCUUAAGAUUUGUUUGCUAAUCUUAUGCAGGUAAAAAAAAAAAUCUGGGGGACAAAUCCGUUUUCGAGCCGACAUGAAUUAAAACGUACUUCUUCUAUGUUAAACCACAUCUGUUGCUCCAGAUAUUUUUUCUAAUUAAGCGUAAAUUUAAAAUUAACCUCAUGUACUUAAUCACAAAUAAAUAACACCCUGAUAAACAUGUGACCUCUUGUCACUUCCGUUUUACGACCCUCUAUUUUUAGUGUCCUCUAAAUCGGAUGAUCUAACGGUUAUGAAACCUGCUACCUAUUCCUUCCUUCCUGUGACUCACCGUUUAAAUGCUCGUAUGAAGUCCUGUAAAGUCAAACUACUUCUAAAAGUCUUUGUUUGUGUUCAACCAACAAUGAUGCAACAUUGUAAUGGAGACUAAAGUAUUUUCCGGUCCUCCUGCUGUUCUCUCUGUGGGGUUUUCAAUUAUUUUAAGGGCCUGGAAUAUAGAGAACACUUCACCCUCAACUCUAGGAGGCAGCUGUUUUGCCGCUUUGCUUGGAAACAUCAAUAUGCAGGAUAUGGACAGGUGAAGAGCCCAGAGAGAGAUCAAGCCUUUGUUUCAACACUCCUGAAACAAAGGAGAUCUGAGGCAGUUAGCUGUUCAAACAGCGAAAGCCUUCAGGCUUUUCACGACUCCCGAGGCUGUUGAAGGUGAUAGUUGUACGUCUGUGUUUACACUGAAUCUCUAAAAGCGGGAAACAGAGGUUGAGAAGAGCUGCCAGAACCACCAGUCCACCCUUUAGGAAUCCUCCUGAAAAAUGCAGCAUUGCAAAUUAUUCAUUUUGCUGAUUCGCUGACACCUUUGUGCUGCAGAUAACGAGUGAUAACAUUGUUUGCUCACGUUACGCCGUUUCUCUGAAUGAUCGGUGUCAGCAGAAGCGGGCCGGCUUCGAUGUUUCUCUCUUUAUCUGUGUUUACUUCUGCUUUUGUGUCCUGAAUGCUGACAAGGCAGCCUGAGCUAAAACGCUUCCUCAAGUCGCCUCAGUGAACACGCACAAACAAAAACUCUUUCAUCCACAGUGUCUGUAUCUCACCUCUCUUUGUCUGAAUUGUAAAACCACACUGGUUGUUCCUCAUGUUUGCAACUUCAUUCCUAGAUUUACUUUAAUGUCUGUUUUCAACAAACUAUAGAACCAUUCAGCUGGUUACUGACAGCUUUAAAUCAUCAGCUGGCAGUAUUUUAGAGCAGCAGUGUAACGGGGGGGAAAGGUUGCUGGUAUGGAUCCCAAAGGGAAGGGAGGGAUUACAAAAUGAACAAAAAGAGGCGAUUACUCCACUGAACGAACAAACAAAAAAAAUCACAUUUGUUUACUUUUAUGUUCUUUUUCUUUAGUAGUUUUUUCAUAUUUCUAUACUAGUGCUAAAUGGAUUAUUAAAAGUGAUAAAUAUUCUGAUUAAAUUGUUAUUAUUCCUAUUGAAAAACUUGAGGCUCUGCUGUGUGAUUGUGGAUGACGAGUUGAAGAGGAAAAAUGUUUGACUGUCAUGAUGUUCUUCAGAGAGGUUGCCCUGUUGUUCAAAUCUAUAAAAGAAACACAGAGUUCUUUAAUUAAAAAAUAUUAAAGCA